AUGGCACCACAACCUUCAAUCCGUUUCGUGGACGCUGCUCUGUCCCGCACCAGCCCCUGCGUUCUAUCAUACAGAAACACCGACCAGAAAUGGCUCAUCCGUCAGCACCUCCUAUCCCUAUUGCAGGAGUUUCCGACGCUGUCCCCCUCAACAGACACCUUCGUCCAUGAUGAUGGAACCACCGUCUACCUUCUAAAUGUAAGCGGCAGCCUCCUGGUCACCCAUGCCACACCCACUGUGCCCCUCACCAUCUGGCUCCAUCAAGACUACCCUAAUGCUCCUCCUAUUGUCUUCCUCUCGCCAACUCCCACCAACCCAAUUCUUCCCCACCACCCUUUUGUUGAUCCCUCUGGUGUUACUACAUCUCCCUACCUCCAGACCUGGCACUACACUCACUCCAACCUAUCUGACCUUACUCACAACCUUGUCUGCCUCUUCGCCCAUCAGCAUCCUUUCAUCUCUCCUUCACGCUCUUUUAUCCGCAGGUUCACCAAUCCUUCCCUCGUCUCAAAAGUAGAGGCCAUCGACCGUCUCUUUGGAGCACUCCACUGUGACAUGGUGGACUUAAAUUCCAAAGCAGUUCAGGAAAUACAAGAGCUGUCCAAGGUUCAAGCUCAGCUGGUUGAUCGGGCCCAUGUCGCCAAAACCAUACUAGUGGGGCUUGAACAUGAAAGAACAAGUUUGAAACAGAGGGUAACAGAGCUGACAGAAGAAUCAGAUGUUCUGUUGAAUUGGCUGAAAGUUAAUGGAUCAAACUACGUUGUUGGUACUUCCGGGGAUGAGAUAGAGGCAUUUGAGGCUUCAGAUGAGGACUCGAGAAUCAUGCUUGACUGUGUGGCAGAAGACUUGGCCAUAGAGGAUUGUAUAUAUGAAUUGGACAGGACAGUGGCAGAAGGGGUAGUGACUUUUGACCAAUACAUGAAGCAGAUAAGGUCCUUGGCGAGGGAGCAGUUCUUCCACAGGGCUACGCAGAUGAAACUGAGACCACAAACUUCUGUCUGA